AUGUAUAGCCAUGUACUGCCAUGUAUUGCCAUGUACUGCCAUGUAUUACCAUGUAUAGCCAUGUAUUACUAUCUAUUACCAUGUACUGCCAUGUAUAGCCAUGUAUUACUAUGUUUUACCAUGUAUUGGAAUGUAUUGCCAUGUAUGACCAUGUACUGCCAUGUAUAGCUAUGUAUAGCCAUGUAUUGCCACGUACUACUAUGUAUUACCAUGUACUGUGAUGUAUAGCCAUGUACUGCCACGUUUUGGCAUGUCGAGCCAUCUAUUACUAUGUAUUACCUUCUAUAGCCAUAUAUAGCCAUGUAUUGCCAUGUAUUACCAUGUAUUGCCAUGUAUAGCCAUGUAUUAGUAUGUAUUACCAUGUAUUGCCAUAUAUAGCCAUGUAUUGUCAUAUAUUACCAUGUAUUGCCAUGCAUUACCAUAUACUGUCAUGUAUAGUCAUGUAUUACCAUGUGUAGCCAUAUAUUACCAUGUAUUGCCAUGCAUUACCAUGUACUGCCAUGUAUAGCCAUGUACUGCCAUGUAUUACCAUGUAUAGCCAUGCAUUACCAUGAAUUACCAUGUACUGCCAUGUAUUACCAUGUAUAGCCAUGUAUUACUAUCAAUUACCAUGUACUGCCAUGUAUAGCCAUGUAAUACUAUGUAUUACCAUGCAUUAGCAUGUAUUGCCAUGUAUAACCAUGUACUGCCAUGUAUAGCUAUGUAUAGCCGUGUACUGCGAUGUAUAGCCAUGUAUUGUCACGUAUUACUAUGUAUUACCAUGGAUUGCCAUGUAUUACCAUGUACUGUGAUGUAUAGCUAUGUACUGCCAUGUAUAGCCAUGUAUUGCCAUGUAUUAGUAUGUAUUUCCAUGUAUUGCCAUGUUUAGCCAUGUAUUGUCAUAUAUUACAAUGUAUUGCCAUGCAUUACCAUGUGCUGCCAUGUAUUGCCAUGUGUAGCCAUAUAUUACCAUGUAUUACCAUGCAUUACCAUGUACUGCCAUGUUUAACCAUGUAUAGCCAUGUACUCCCAUGUAUUACCAUUUAUAGCCAUGUAUUUCUAUCUAUUACCAUGUACUGCCAUGUAAAGCCAUGUAUUACCAUGUAUUACCAUGUAUUGGCAUGUAUUGCCAUGUA